CUUCCGGCGCCCGCGCGGAUCCCGGCAGCCGUGGCUCGCGUUUCCGCCGGGCGGCGAGAGCGCAGGACCAGCUUCCGGUAGGCGCGUUCGCGGAGCUCCGCUGGGAAGAUGGGGAAAGUGAGGGGGCUGCGCGCCCGUGUACACCAGGCUGCCGUGAGGCCCAAGGGGGAGGCCGGCCCCGGCCCCGCGCCCCCUGCCCCGGAGGCGGCCCCUCCGCCGGCCUCGGCCGGGAGGAAGGACUGGGCGUUCGUCGACACCAAUAUCUUUGCCAGGACCAAGAUAGACCCCAGCGCCUUGGUGCAGAGGUUGGAGCUGGAUGUGAGGAGCGUCACUUCCGUCAGGAGAGGUGCAGAGGCCAAGACUGUUUUGCCCAAGAAGGAGAAAAUGAAGCUGAGGCGUGAGCGAUGGUUGCAGAAAAUCGAAGCCAUCAAGCUGGCUGAGCAGAGGCACAAGGAGGAGCAGAGGCGGAGGGCCACGGCAGUGGUGGGGGACCUGCGCCCACUCAGGGACGCUCUGCCCGAGCUGCUGGGGCUCGAGGCUGGCAGCCGGCGCCAGGCCCGCAGGGAGAGCAGCAAGCCGCGGUCCUCGGAGCUCAGCCAGAUGAGCACAGCGCAGAGACAGCAGCUUCUCGAGGAAGAAAGGACCCGGUUUCAGGAGCUACUGGCCAGUCCGGCCUACAGAGCCAGCCCCCUGGUGGCCAUUGGGCAGACGCUGGCUCGACAGAUGCAGCUGCAAGAUGGCGGCCAGCUCUGACCAGAGCGGCGGGCGUGCCACGACUUCUCAGGCCACACGUGUGGGCCCAGGAGCCAGAGAGCACCAUGGCCAGAGCCUGUGGACCCUUCCCCCCGGUCAGCUGUGGGGCUCAGUAGAGGGCUCUGUGAACUCCUUCCCCUGUACCCCAGGGCUGUUCCCGUGACUUGCUCCCUGGUUCCCAGAGCUGGGCCUACCCUGGGACAGCGGCCUCCAUUCCACACAGGACAAGCCUUGUCCCUCUGCUGGGGGCCCCAAGCCCCAGCCAGAGUUGGGGUGGGCUGUGCACAGGGUUUGUGGGGACUGCAGGUAUGGAGGCCUCAGGUCCGACCCUGAGCAGGCACCAGUGUCCCCGACAGCCUCCUGGCUGUGCUGGGAAGGAAUUGUGCCUGGGUGUGACGCAGCUGUGCCACCAGCCACCCUAAUUUGUUUCAGCCUCAGUUCCCGCUGCGGCCCUGGUAGGACCCAGGAGCACUGAGGCCUGGAGGGGCUGCCACAGGGGCUGGCUUGGGCCCUCCCCAUCUGGGGGUCUAUUUCACUCCCAGUCUCCUGCUCCUUCCUCAGUCACCAGGGAUGUACAUGACCCUGGCAAGGCCUCCAGCGUGCUCCCCGCCUGUUGUCCGCACUCCCAGGGAUGUGCCCCCACUACCCUGACCAUUGCCCUCGCCCCACCCAGCUGUUCCCAGCCCAGGCGCCCACUGCCUUGCUCUGGGGGUGGAGAGCAGAGGGUCCUUCCGCAGGGAGGAGAUGUGGAGUGGGCCCAGCCCUGGAGCCUCUUACUGACCCAGAAGCAAAGGGAGGUCCUUUGUUGCUGGAAGCCCUGGGAUUUGGAGGUUGGUUGUUGGACUAGGAAUCAGUGACUGAUCAGUCCUUGUUUUCAGGGUGUAGAAAGCAAGGGGCAGUGUGUCCCCAGGCCUCUGAGGCCCAGCUAGGCUCUCAUGGCCCCCCUCCCAAGUGCCUCGCAGGGCCUUGCUGGCCCAUGUCCUGCAGGGGGCUGGGCAGGCUGGGCGUGGCAGUGACCACCACUCGGGCGUCUGGGAAGUUCGGAGCAGGACAUUCCCCACUCCCAGUUCACGGAGCCCUUUAUUGAGCCCAGCACCCUGAGCUGCCUCAGCUGCCUGGGGUGGGGGUGGCACCAGGGGCUCCGGGGCCUCCUGACUCCAGGGCGUGUGGGCGGCCCCUGUGCACGGCUCCUCUUGUUUCCAGUUCCCAUGCUCUGGCCUCCCCUGUUCCUGCCACCUGCGCAGGGUUCAAAGCCCCAACAGCCCUGCCAAGCCUGCCUGGCAGGUGGGUGGCCGAGGCGACUUGGAGCCUGUGUCCUUCUGUUCAGCGUCCUGGCCCUUCCUGACAGAGGCAGACACGGCACCCGCAGAGACACCACGGACACCUCCAAGGCCCUGGCUAAUGGGACAGACGGGCAUGCGGGAGCCACAGGCAGCAGGUCCCACGCUCCCUCGGCCGGGGCCAGCUUGGCUGCCGUGCACCAGCUCCUUCGAGAAUGGGCUUCUCACUUCCGAGGAGCCGGUCACAAACCAGUGCUUGUGACAAAACCAUUCUGUGGUAGAGCAAGUGUUGGGAACAGGUCUGGGAUGUACGUAGCACAGUGUGGUAGGGGGCAGGUGGGGCGGCUUCCGCUUGAGGCCAGGAGUUCAAGACCAGCCUGGCCACACAGUGAGACUGCAUCUCAACAAAAAAUACACAAAU